GAUUUUUUUUUUUUUUCUGGCUAUUGCAAAAUGGUAUCCAUCCAGGAAAAUUAAUGGGCAUUGUUCCUCCUAGUCUUCGAUUUUAACAUAAAAUUUGACAAGUUCCCUCCUCCCAAACUAUACUUUACAAACUUCUUCAGCUCUUAUUGUAGAGCUUAAAACUAAAGUCCGAGUGUGUUAUUAUAUUCUCAAAAAUGAAAACUUCUUACAAAUGGCGUCCGCAAAACAAACAAUGUAAAUAAUGAGUUUAUUGCUUGCCAGCCGCGCCUGCAUCAAUAAAAUAUUACUUCCACUAUCAUUUUAUACAAUUCAUGGAAGCUUCCUUAGCCUCCAUUCAACUAUAUAAAACACUCUUAAAAGCCAUAAAUAUAUAUACUCAGACUUGCCUUCCAAUUCAGUACUCGAGCAAACAAACUGGUUAAACAAUGUCUUCCAAGACCUUUCUAUUGCUUGCCACAGUUGUAGCAUUUGUCUUCUCAGCUCGUGCUGCAGAUCCUGAUAUCACCUCCGACUUUAUUGUUCCUCCAGGAAUCACACCCGAUGCCAACUUCUUCACCUUCAGAGGGUUUAGAGAAUCCCUCUUGGGUGGACCAAAGAAUGGUUCCUUCCAGGCAACGAAGGCAACCCAAGUGGAAUUUCCAGCACUCACUGGACAAAGUGUAUCUAUUGCAGUUCUCCAAUUUGCAGCUCGAGGUUUGAAUCCACCGCACACCCACCCUCGUUCUGCCGAGCUCCUAAUCGUCGUGCAGGGUACACUGAGUGUGGGCUUUGUUGAUUCCAAUAACAAGCUCUAUCAAAAGUUUUUAUUCAAGGGUGAUGCUUUUGUUUUCCCCAAGGGACUUGUUCACUUCCAAGUCAAUGAGGAGUCCAGAUACCCUGCUGUAGCCAUAUCUGCAUUUGGAAGUGCCAAUGCUGGGACUGUUUCUUUGCCCAAGACACUUUUCGGUAGUGGAAUCUACGAUUGGCUUUUGGCACAGUCCUUUAAAACUGAUGUUGGGACCAUAGAUAAGAUCAUUGCAGCCAACACUGCCUAAUUAUUUCGUCGCUGCAGCCUGCACUGCUUUAUUCAGUUUUCUUAGUCUUAAUUGACAUAUUUCAUUACUUUUCAAUAUGAUUUGGUGGUUAAGUUGUUGGUUUUGUAAGUUUGAUUAUUACUAUGAUCAAAAUAAUGAUGUUUCGUGCCCUGUUUAGCCGCGAGGCUUUCCUAAGUUGAAUUCAUUGUGACAUCGAUAUGCAAGCUCACAAAAUAGCAAAAUAUUUACGGUACUAGAUUGUCACAAUCUAGCCUGAUGGCUCGAAUUAACAAGAUAGAAACAGACGGUCGGACGGUGAUUUAAAUUUUCAUUUGUCAAAUCAAUCUCCAAUAAACUGAAAGAACCACUAAAAAUCUCAAAAUAUAUUUUAAAUAAAAGAUAUAAGCAACUUUCACUCGGAGCACCUUGCCUACAAUACACAUUAUCUUUUCUUCUACUCAUUUUAAGCUUUGAAUAAUAUCUGUUCAUUUAUAAAUUUAGGAGUCGUAAAAGAACUCAGUGAAUAAUUCAUGUUUCUAAAGUACAGUAACUCAAGGCAUUUGGAAAAAUAUGCAUAAUCAUUUCAAUAUAUAAAGUAAUUUUAGUAAGAUUCAUUUUAUUUCAAGACUUUCAAUAUUAUGCAUAUAUUAUAUAUUUAUUCAUAUAUUUAUAUUUUCUUAUAAAUAAUACAACCGCCAUAGAAGCCAUCGUCUAAAAUAGUGUCAAUGAAGGUACUCUUUUUCCAUUUUCUUUUUUCUUUUUUCAUAAAAUUUUUCAUUUACGUGCAAGGGUACAUUGUGUUCGCAAACAUUACCAAUAAGGAGUUGUGCUCAAUCAGUAAACAAGCACAAGCAAGCAUAAAUCAUAUCAUUUACAUUUUCAUAUCAUUUCAUAUUGACAUAUAUUAAGCAUCAUGAGAAAGGAUGAGUGACCUCUCUAUGAUAUAAAAAUUCAAGGCUUCUAGUUCAACAUGAUCAAUUAUCUUUAAUAAAAAAAAAAAUCAUAGAACAUUCAUAAUAAAAAAAAUUAAAUAAUAACAACAUUUGAUGUGUCAUGUGUAACGGAAACAAAUAUCAUUACCGUAAAUUAGGACAUGAAUACUCACUUGAACUUAGGUGUUGUGCUGCUUCACUUUUACUCUUUACUUCUAGGUUGAUAGACUUAACACUUAUAAAAGAUCCUGUCAUUAAAUUUAAUUUAAAAUUUUCUCUAAUUUUUUUUAACUUGUAAUUUAUAAAUAAUUAUUAAAAUUUCAAUUUCAAAAUAACAACUCAAAUAUAAUUGAUUAGAAUUGCUCUCACUCUCUCUAAUUAAUUAUUUUAUUAUUCCUAAAUAGCUCUCAUUUGCUAUUAAAGAAAAUAUCUUUAAUAUAUUAUUUAAUGAAAUCUCUCAUGAAUACCAAAAUUUACACUUACUCUUUUUCUCUCUCUAAUUCUUUAUUAAAUUCAUCCAAUUAAUUCUCUUAUUAUUAUUAUUCUUAUUAUUCUACAUUAUUUCCAAUUUAUUUAUAUUUACUAAUACAUUUCUUAAAUUAACUUAUUAUUAUUUCUUUACGUAACAUAAAUUUAACUAGUUUUUCUCACUUAAGUUAAUACUCAUUUUUCUAUAAAUAUUUAAAUUGAUAAUAACUUAAUUUAUUGAUAAAUUUUCAUUUGAAUAUAUGCUCUCAAUCUCUUUGCAUAUCUUUCAUUUAUCAUUAAAAUGUUUGAUAUAAUCAUUUUAAAAAUAUAAGGUUUUGGAUUCAAUUUUCUUAAACAACAUUUACUAAUUUAUAAAAAUUAUAAUUAAAAAGGAUUAACUUUCCAAGCCGUGUUUGCUUGCCACUAAAUCCUUCGCUUGACCCAAAGCUUCUCCCUUGCUUCCGCCAUCACUCUCUUGAUCUCCCUUCCUUCCUCAUUCUCUCUAUUUCCUUUCUUCUCCUUCUUCCUUCUCUUGGUCGUUGCUUUCUCAGUUUCUUUCUCUCAUUUGACGAACUAGAUGAAGCGAAACGAAGUUAUCUCUCGUGAGGAGUCGUUGUUUUUCACCCUCGUACGCAUUUCCUCACUUAUCUAUGCAAUCUGAUAUCGUUAGUAGCUUCCGCGCCCGCUCACUUUGCUUGAUUCCGCUCGCCUGCCCGAUUUCGCUUACCUACUUGUGUUCAUUUUUUUAGAGCUGAUUCAAUUGAACCGACAAAACUCGGUUCUUACGAAUCUGCUUCUAAGGUGAUGACUCACUAAACACAUGAGCAGGAUCUGUUGUAAAAUGAGAAUAACGAGUUUGAUAAAUCAAAUCUAAUAAGUAACUCCUAUUUAUCAAAGCAUAAA